GGCCAGCCCAACACUUGCGGUUUCUGCCGCUCCCUAUGAAUUCUCUUUCGCGGAUAAAAUCGACUAGGCAAAGGAUUCGUGGGAGAGGUUUCGUUUCACGCAGCUUUCAAUUCUCUUCCCUCCCGGUGGAAGCUCCUUCAAUUUCCGAGGAAGGGAAGGGUCGCCGUGAAAGAUAUCUCUCUUUUAGGUACCUAAAGGAGCAGGCUUUGUCUGACUCGAGAGGCGAUGAAGUUUUCGGGUUAUACUUUGAUAUCUUCAUUUACUCCAUUUCAUUGUAUUCCUCUCAAAAAACCUCGCAGAUUACCUCUAGAUAUAAAUUUCAAGACUGCAUCGAAGAUUAGAAGACUGUCCACGUAUAAUCAGAAGCAACAAAACCAUUGCAAGGCUGAGAUGGUUGUUGCAAAAUAUCCUCCUCCUCUUUUUAGUGUUGCACCAAUGAUGGAGUGGACAGACGUCCAUUACAGGACUCUUGCUAGGCUCAUAUCAAAACAUGCAUGGCUUUAUACAGAGAUGCUGGCAGCCGAAACGAUUGUCUACCAAGAGGCAAAUCUGGACAGAUUUUUGGCUUUCCCACCUGAGCAGCAUCCCAUUGUACUUCAGAUUGGAGGAAAUAAUUUGGAUAACAUUGCAAAAGCAACAAAACUUGCUAAUGCAUAUAACUAUGACGAGAUUAAUUUCAAUUGCGGUUGUCCUAGUCCAAGGGUUGCUGGACAUGGGUGUUUUGGAGUCCGUCUUAUGCUUGAUCCAAAGUUUGUUGGCGAGGCUAUGUCGGUAAUUGCUGCCAAUACUGACGUUCCUGUCAGUGUUAAAUGCAGAAUUGGUGUAGAUGAUCAUGAUUCGUACAAUGAGCUUUGUGAUUUUAUAUAUAAAGUUUCAGCUCUGUCUCCCACUAGGCAUUUUAUAAUACAUUCACGGAAGGCUUUACUCAAUGGGAUCAGCCCUGCUGACAAUAGAAAAAUUCCUCCACUGAAAUAUGAGUACUUUUUCGCUCUUUUGCGCGAUUUUCCUGACUUGAAAUUCACAAUUAAUGGAGGCAUUAACUGUGUUGAUGAGGUUAGUUUUGUUAUGGGUGUGAAUAUACCUAUUUGUUUGUGUUAUCUGUAUUUAUACGCAAAUGCAGCACUGAAGGCAGGAGCACAUGGUGUAAUGGUUGGGCGUGCUGCUUAUCACAAUCCUUGGAAUGUUCUGGGACAUGUUGAUACUGCAAUUUAUGGGACACCAGCAAGUAAUCUCACUCGUCGUCAGAUCCUGGAGAAGUAUCAAGUGUAUGGUGAUGCUAUUCUUGGGACCUAUGGAAAUGAUAGGCCCAAUGUACGUGAUGUGAUAAAGCCAAUACUUGGAUUCUUUUAUUUUGAGCCUGGGAACAGCCUCUGGAAACGCAAAGCUGAUGCUGCAUUCCUGCGCUGCAAGACAGUUAAAUCUUUUUUCGAGGAAGCACUUGUAGCAAUUCCUGACCGAGUCCUGGAUUCCACUAUUACUGAAGCACCGAUAGGCCGUGAAGAUCUUUUUGCUAAUGUCGAAGGUAUCCUCCCACCACCGUACGAGACUAGAGAAGAGGAGCUGGUGUAUGCUUAAAAGUGACCUCAUGCUUACGAUUUACUGCACUUGUGGCUCAAGUUUAACCCUAUCCGCAUACGAACAUUGUAUUCUUUGAAUUAGCAAUUGGUCAUCUUAAUAUGUAUUAGUAACUUCAGGCAACAGGUCCAUGAAUUUAUGCUGUAUCUAUAUAGUUUUAGGGCACAAAUUGCCCUUAGAUUCGGGGCUGUAAGUGGGUAAUAAGCAUAUAGAAAGAUUUUGAAUUUGAAUAUCAAGUAUUGGAGAUCGCAGCAAGAUACAUUCCAUUAUUCAUCUCUGGCUAGUUGUGGAAAACCCGACUCCGGGUUAGAGAGGGAGAGGGCCGGUCGGCCAAAGAGGGGGAGGGAAGGAGUGGCAAACUUGUUAUUUUGUGUUAUUUCGGUUUACACUACUUAAGGACUCAUUUCAUUAGUUUUGGGAAUUAAGCAAUAAUAAUCAGAAAUUCUCAAAUCCCUAAUCUCUAUUCUCUCUCUUGUUCUUCCCCAACUCCCCAAAUCCCUAAAUUCUACUCUUCUCAAUCCCUAAUAUCCCAAUUGGGAUUUCUUGUGUCCUACAUCUGGUAUCAGAGCCCCGAUUCCUCAUCCCUAAUAUCCCAAUUGGGAUUUCU